AUGGCCAAACCGUUCAUGCCGCCGGACCCGCAACCGGAAGAGGGCGGGACGGCAUCGGGGGCCGGUCCUCCGACCGGUAACGGUGGUGGUGGUGGUGGAGCUACACACAAUGUUGGCCAAAAUGAAAACAAUCCGGCCCCGGCCGGCCAACCCGGUGCGUUUAGCUUUCCGCCGACGGCGGCCGGCCCAGGAAACCUUCCGGUGUCCGCACCGAUCCCGAUGGCUACCGGGCACCACCAUCCGUACCAGGGGCAGGCCACCAGCUACCAGCAACACCGUGCCAUGGGCCACCAGCAGCAUCAGCAACAGCAUCAGCAACAGCAGCAGCAGCAGCACCAGCACCACUAUCCUUACAUGCAGCACCAGUCCUAUCCGGGUGCGGCCUAUCAUCCGAUGGCCUCGGCGGUGGCCGGUGGACCGUUUGUCGGAAGCGCACCGUCACAGGAACCGCACCCGGUGUUGCAGAUGACGCCACCGGCCAGUGGACUGGCGACCGCCGUCCAGACGCCCCAGCUUGGCCCCGUCAAUGGCGAUCACCUGAUGCAGGUCCUGUACGAGGCCCUCUACCGCUACUCACUGGGAG